AUGCCAGUUAACACGACGGACCUAGAAAAUGCCAUCCGAAAUGCUAUACCAGUGACAUUUCUGGAUAUCGAGGACCAGUCGAGUGGGUGUGGGGAGAAUUACGCUAUCAUCCUUGUCAGUGAGGCAUUUGAGGGAAAGUCGACGUUGGGGAGGCAUAGGUGGGUCAAUGAACUGUUGAAGAACGAGAUAUCGCAGAUGCAUGCGUUUUCCCAGAAAACGUUCACCCCCAAGCAAUACGAGAUUUAUCUUGCCAAGCAGGGGUGACAGAUGGCAAUGACACAACCGUUUGAUAUUCACAUAUUGUACUAUAUAACCAAUGAUAUGCUCCGCAAUUCUAUAUGCAAGAUAUUGUAUUGUCUAAGAGCACGUUUUGUGUACGGAUGUAUUUAUACCCGUUUCUAU